CGAACCCACUGACCUCCAGGACUGGUUCUGGUUUGAGGUGAAAGCAUGAAGAGAAAAUAGAACAGAUAAUAAUGCUUUUCCGCAAUCGCUUCUUGCUGCUGCUGGCCCUGGCUGCACUGCUGGCCUUCCUCAGCCUCAGCAUUCAGUUCUUCCACCUGAUCCCUGUGCCGGCCACUAAAAAUGGAGCAAGCAGCAAGAGUCGAAAGAGGAUCUUGCCUGACCCAGCAACAGAGCCCCCUGUGACAGACCCCAUUUAUGAAGCUCUUCUGUACUGCAACAUCCCGAGUGUGGCCGAGCGCAACAUGGAAGGUCACGCCCCACAUCAUUUUAAGCUGAUCUCCGUGCAUGUGUUGAUUCGCCAUGGGGACAGGUACCCGCUGUAUGCCAUUCCCAAAACAAAGCGGCCAGAAAUUGACUGCACUCUGGUGGCUAACAGAAAACCGUAUCACCCGAAACUGGAAGCUUUCAUUAGUCACAUGUCAAAAGGAUCCGGAGCCUCUUUCGAAAGCCCCUUAAACUCUCUGCCGCGUCACCCCAACCACCCUGUGUGUGAGAUGGGAGAGCUCACGCAGACAGGAGUCGUGCAGCAUUUGCAGAAUGGCCAGCUGCUGAGGGACAUCUAUAUAAAGAAACACAAGCUCCUGCCAAAUGACUGGUUUGCAGACCAGCUUUACCUAGAGACCACUGGGAAGAGCCGCACCCUACAGAGUGGGCUGGCCUUGCUCUAUGGCUUUCUCCCAGAUUUUGACUGGAAGAAGAUUUAUUUCAGGCACCAGCCAAGCGCCCUUUUCUGCUCUGGAAACUGUUACUGCCCACUGAGAAACCAAUAUCUGGAGAAGGAGCAGCGUCGUCAGUACCUCCUGCGGCUGCAGAACAGCCAGCUGGAGAGGACCUAUGAGGAGAUGGCCAGGAUCGUGGACAUCCCCAACAAGCAGCUGCGGGCUGCCAACCCCAUAGACUCCUUGCUCUGCUAUUUCUGCCACAACAUCAGCUUCCCCUGCACCAGAAGCGGCUGUAUUGACAUGGGGCACUUCAAGGUGAUCAAGAUGCAUCAGAUAGAAGAUGAAAAAGAGAGGCGCGAGAAGAAACUGUACCUUGGGUACUCACUGCUGGGUGCCCACCCUAUCCUGAAUCAAACUGUUAGCCGGAUGCAGCGUGCUGCCAAGGGCAGGGAAGAUGAGAUCUUCACCCUCUACUCCGCUCAUGAUGUCACUCUGUCACCCGUUCUCAGUGCUUUGGGCCUUUCAGAAGCCAGGUUCCCAAGGUUUGCAGCCAGGCUGAUAUUUGAGCUCUGGCAGGACAGAGAAAAGCCCAGUGAACAUUCGGUUCGGGUUCUUUACAAUGGAGUUGACGUCACGUUCCACACGUCUUUCUGCCAGGACCACCACAGGCGUUCUCCCAAGCCCAUGUGUCCUCUUGAGAACCUCGUCCGCUUUGUCAAAAGGGACAUGUUUGUGGCCCUGGACGGCACUAGUUCUAGUUACUAUGAUGCGUGCCACAGGGAAGGAAUCUAAAAGGUACAUGGUACGGCACUAUAGAACCUAUACUGAUACAGAAGGCAGGGAAGAGUCCACUCCCAAUUCUGUGUGCUGCUAAGAGUGUAAGAGUAUUGAUUUUUUAAAAGCUAAAACUUGUGUUUGGGAGCCAUGUAGGUGGUUCAGGAUGAACAGUAAGCACAUAGCUGUAAUCUGGUACGAGAGUCACUUGAUACAAAAUGGCCAGCUUAUAGAGAAAAGAAGGUACUGUAUCACAGCCAGACUUGGCUUACAAUGCCAGAAUAUUAUUCAGUAUAGAAAGUUGCCAACCCAAGUUCAUAUUCUUUUGGCCUGUCGUGGAACCAGCAGAACCUCAGCCAGAAUUUUCUUGAUCUUGAACAUUUCUACCUUGUCCUUGUUCCAGUGAAAAUUUUCCUGUGGUGAUUUAUCUAAAACAGAGAGUAAUUUUCUUCUCUAAAGGGCUACAAAGUAAAUAUUUCAGAUGGUAUGGACCACAAGGCUGCACAUAGUUUGUAUCGCAGGUACUCAGCUCUGCUCUAGUAGCAUGAAAGUGGCCACAAACCACACACAGAGGAGUAAGUGUGGCUGUGUUCACGGGCAUACGAAGCUCAUAGGCUGCAGUUUGUCGACCCCUCAUUUUACAAAACAGGCUCUGUUGUACUCGCACUUCCAACACUCGGAUGAGAGCCAGUUGAAUACCAAGAAUUAUUCAGCGGCCCCUCCAGUAAUUUCUGCUAGCAACACAGAGCAGGGUCUGCAUCUGACACUACAACAACACUUGAUGGGGAAUAAACAUUUGAAUGCGAACGAAUCAUAGAAAUAUGAUUAGAAUAAUACUUGAUGUUCACAAUGAUUGUGGUACAAGAUAGUUUUAAGUAUUUUCAAAUAUCUGUCUGCUGUAGUCUAUUUGCUGUACAUGCUGAAACUUUUGUAUUCCAUUUAGUAUUUUUAUAGUUUAGGAAAAUAUUUUCUAAGAUGAGUUUUAGAUGUGCUUUUAUUCCUAUAGUAUGUUCAAUUUCCUGUACCUGUUUGGUGGUUGGAAGGAGGCUAGAAGCGGCAUUCAGGUACUUUUUUCCAAAACGACUAGUGAUGGCUCAUUCUUUUUGACAAGCCAUCAAAUUGGAUCAAUUUUUAAACCAUUUUCAUCUCUUUCAAAUGGCAAAUUGCAAUUGAUUUUUAAAUACGUUUUUAGAAGAACUUUGUUACUAGAUAGUUAAAUAAUAUUUCUAAGGUAUUUUAUAUAUUAGAAGCAAUUGAAUUAAGUCUGUGAUUUCUGAAUGAAUGGUGCUAGUUCUCUUCGUAGAAAUGUAAAACAUGCAAGUGCGAUUCUCCAGUGGCAUUGGCAUCCCAUCCCUUCUCUUCAUUUUAUUUGUCCGGUGUUGUGUUGGAAUGUGUCUGUUUCUAUAAAUAAAUUUUUGAAGAAUACUUAUCCUGUAC